AUGGCGACCUUCUUCCAGAGUGUCCGCCAAGGGUUUGGCAGAGGCAAUAACAACAAGAACAACAACAACAAUAACAAUCCCGCAAAGAUGAACAAUGGAAGUCCGGCUCCGUCGCCGUCGUCCCAGAUGCCUCCCGCCGGCCAUGUGCCCAACUCGCCGUCCCUCACCUCGAGUCUCUCCGUGGACACCUCCUCCACCUACGACCCCGAUGCUCCCAAGUACUUCUUUCAGGAGAAAUAUGCCCCCCUCAAUGUGAAGGGUAACUUCUUGACGUUGUGUGCCUGUCCCAAGAACGUGGAGCUGGGUGAAUGGCUGGCCCAUCAAAUCGUUGAACAAUAUCGCCUGCUCCAUGGCAUGCUCCAGGUUAUCCAGGAGGUCAAUAGCCUUACAGGACUGCCGAUCUGUAACGAGAACACCUGCCCCACCAUGUCGGCUGGUCGCUUGACCUACACCUGGCUGGUCGACGGUCGUGCCGCCAAGAUCUCGGCCCCCAAGUUCAUCAACCGUGUUGAGAAAUGGAUUGUCAGCAAGAUUCACGACCCGGUCAUGUUCCCUACGGAAAAGGUUACUGGUGUACCAGACACUUUUGCGGUCAAUGAAGCAGGCGGCCCCAGCGCUACUUCCGGAGAGGAGUGGAUUGGCAAGUCCAGCGGCUUCCCUCAGACGUUCUAUAAAGACUGCCAGGGCAUCAUGAAGCAGAUGUUCCGAUGCUACGCCCACUUGUACCACGCGCACUGGCUGAACCCCUUCUGGCACAUUAACAAGCAUGACAUCCUUAACAUGUGCUUUGUCCACUUCGUCACGGUGGCCAAGUACUACAAGCUCGUCUCUGAUAAGGAAAUGGAGCCCAUGCAACCCCUGAUCGACCUGUUCAUCAAGCAGCAGCGCAUCCCUCCGGAGGCGCUAGCAGGUGGCCACUGGGGCCAGCAAGCCUCUAGCUGA